AUGGGCCAGUACAGGCAGGUGGAAAUCCUUGAUUGGAAGACAAAGAAACAGCUAUGCUUCCUAGAUAAGGUCGAACCAAAUGCCACCGUUAGGGAGAUCAGAUCGAUGUUCCAUAAAUUAUAUCCUCGGUGGUAUCCAGCAAGACAGUCAAUAAAACUUGAUCCAAAAGGAAAGUCCCUGAGGGAUGAGGAAAUCCUGCAGCACCUCCCUGUUGGCACAACUGCUACCUUAUACUUUAAAGAUUUAGGGCCACAGAUAGGAUGGACUACGGUAUUUUUGAUAGAAUAUACAGGUCCAUUGUUCAUCUAUUUUCUGUUUUAUUUCCGCAUGCCUUUUGUCUAUGGACUGGAUGAGAGGUUUACAUCAAGCCCGCAUCCAGUAGUUAACUUGGCAUGUAUCUGCCAUUCUUUCCACUACAUCAAAAGGUUGAUUGAAACAGUAUUUGUUCAUCGGUUCUCCCAUGGGACUAUGCCACUGAGGAAUAUUGUGAAGAACUGCUUGUAUUACUGGGGUUUUGCAGCUUGGCUUGCUUAUUACAUCAAUCAUCCUCUUUAUACUCCUCCUUCUUAUGGGAAAAAACAGAUAAAUUUUGCUGUGAUCAUGUUUCUGCUGUGUGAAGCUGGAAAUUUUUCCAUCCAUGUUGCGCUCAGUGACCUCCGGAGAAAUGGAUCCAAAACCCGUAAGAUCCCAUAUCCAACAAAGAAUCCUUUCACAUGGCUGUUUUUCUUUGUAUCUUGCCCUAACUAUACAUACGAGGUGGGGACCUGGAUCAGUUUCACUAUCAUGACUCAGUGUGUUCCAGUGGGGCUGUUCACCUUGCUUUGCUUCAUUCAGAUGACAAUCUGGGCAAAGGAUAAACACUGCACCUACCUACGAGAAUUCAAGGAUUAUCCAAGUCUUCGAAUGCCAAUUAUUCCCUUUUUGUUGUAAGAAAAAAAGGUUUAAUUUGGCUAUUGCAUGGAACUUCAAGAAGAAAAAGCUCAUAAACCUCCUGCCAAAUAAGUGAAUUAAUUUAAAGGAUUUUGGUGCAUGUUGAAUCUCCACUGCUGAGGGAAACUCUAUGCACCUGAAAGCUACACUUCCUUAUAUUCAAGAAUUCUCAGCACAGAAGCACCUUCAAAAAAUAAAGCUUCAUUGCACAGCUGGUAGUCAAAAGCCCCUACAGUUCACUGUAACCUGAUUGACUUAAAUUUUCCUGUACUAGUCUAUUUAGAUUGAUGGAUCAGAGAUACUGAGAAGUCUGUGCUGAAAAGCAGCUCCAAAUUUAGCAGUGGCAUUCUGCAAGUACCUUGGAAUGAGGACAUACCAGCUAACUACUAGAGCGCUCAGCUCAGCCAGCACGGCCAGCUGGCCUGAAGACAGUUGCAUGAUCUGCCUUCUUUGACUUGAAGAAGAGAGUGUGCUGCCUGGAGGCAGGUGCUUUGUAACAAAUAACAUUACCAAAGAAUAUGAAUGGUUCCUGGAAUAAAGAAAUAGGCAAUAUCUCAAAUACUUGACUUGGGUCUAACCCCUAAUUUACCAAAAGAAUCUGAAGUAAGAAGUAUUUGUAGUAUUUGUGGAUGUAACAUCCUGCAUUGUUGAGAUUUUUUUGUUUGGGUUUUUUUUAGUCUUCUUCAUUAGUAAAUUGCAUUUUAGUAUUAAAGGUUCAGAAGAUCUGAUCUAUGUUAUAUCUGUGAUAUUUGGCCUGUUUUCAUAUAACAAGUCCUUAUGAUUCUAAAGGACCUUUUACCUAGCAUUUUAUGUCAGCAUUCUCUGAAUAAUUUUUAAUAUACUUUGUAAACACAUAAAGUGACUGCUAGUCCUCAGAAUGCUAGCUCCCUUCCUAUUUUCAGAGCCAGGGAAAAAAAAUCAGCUACAUUUUGGACUUCCUGUGUUUUCUUUUUCACAAGAUGUUCAGUGGGACUUAGUUGGGUUUUGUGCAAAUCUAGUAAAAUAAGACUAUUACAAUCUAUCUGAAUGACAUUUUAAAUAAGCAAUUUUAGAAUAUGAAGAGAAUGCAUCAAUACUGUUUUGUUUCAUAACUAAUUUAUUUAUCUAUAAUGGAUGUAUAGAAAGAUUUUUUGCAUCUAUUUGUAAGGGUGAAAUAUGCAAUAAAUUCUAGACUAUAUUUGAAAUCAGUUGAAAUAAUUAUGUCAAGAGAAGAUUAAAGCUGGUUGCUGAAGUUUCAUAUUUUGUACAAUAAAAAGCAAGAAUGUCCUUAUAUAU